GACGAGAGCGCAGCACUUCCGGUAGGUCUAGGAAGUCGUUUCUGUGACCGGAGGUGGGGUUCUCGGGGCGCGCCUAGGGUCUGCGGAUGUAGACAGGACACCUGCUGAUAAGCAGAGUGGAUCAGGGAGAAACGAGUGUUGGAUGCAGCGGCUGUAGGUCUGAGAUGAGUGUCUCCGGAAGCUGAUGCUGUCUGGCCGGGAGGUGGCCAUUCAUUCCUCGAUCCCGCCUGAGGGGCGAAAGCCCCCCUGGGCUGUGGGACUCGGUGGCCAGGCGUGCGGCACAGAUAGCCACACUGGGCUCGUCCUGGGCUGCAGCCCGCCUUCUCACAGCGGAGGACAUCCCCCUCCUGCCACGCCGGGGCCCAGGUGACCACGGCCAUGGCUUUUCCUCAUCGGCCGGACGCCCCGGAGCUGCCUGACUUCUCCAUGCUCAAGAGGCUGGCUCGAGACCAGCUCAUCUAUCUGCUGGAGCAGCUUCCUGGGAAAAAGGAUUUGUUCAUUGAGCCAGAUCUCAUGAGCCCUUUGGAUCGGAUUGCCAAUGUCUCCAUCCUGAAGCAACACGAAGUAGACAAGCUGUACAAGGUGGAGAACAAGCCCGUGCUCAGCUCCAACGAACAGUUGUGCUUCCUGGUCAGACCCCGCAUCAAGAAUAUGCGCUACAUUGCCAAUCUCGUCAAUGCUGACAAAUUGGCCGGCCGAACUCGAAAAUACAAAGUGAUCUUCAGCCCUCAGAAGUUUUAUGCGUGUGAGAUGGUGCUUGAGGAGGAGGGGAUCUAUGGAGACGUGAGCUGUGAUGAAUGGGCCUUCUCUUUGCUGCCUCUUGAUGUGGAUCUGCUGAGCAUGGAGCUGCCAGAAUUUUUCAGGGACUACUUUCUGGAAGGAGAUCAGCGUUGGAUCAACACUGUGGCUCAGGCCUUGCACCUUCUCAGCACUCUCUAUGGACCCUUUCCAAACAGCUAUGGGAUUGGCAGGUGUGCCAGGAUGUCAUAUGAAUUGUGGCGGAAGCUGGAGGAGGAGGAGGAGAGUGAAACCAAAAGCCGAAGGCCAGAGAUCGGACACAUCUUUCUCCUGGAUAGAGACAUGGACUUUGUGACGGCACUUUGCUCCCAAGUAGUUUAUGAAGGGCUGGUGGACGACACCUUCCGCAUCAAGUGUGGGAGUGUCGACUUUGGCCCAGAAGUCACGUCCUCUGACAAGAGCCUGAAGGUGCUGCUGAAUGCCGAGGACAAGGUGUUCAGUGAGAUUCGCAAUGAGCAUUUCUCCAAUGUCUUUGGCUUCUUGAGCCAGAAGGCGCGGAACCUGCAGGCCCAGUAUGAUCGCCGGAGAGGCAUGGACAUCAAGCAGAUGAAGAACUUUGUGUCCCAGGAGCUUAAGGGCCUGAAACAGGAGCACCGCCUGCUGAGUCUCCAUAUCGGGGCCUGUGAAUCAAUCAUGAAGAAGAAAACGAAGCAGGACUUCCAGGAGCUGAUCAAGACCGAGCAUGCACUGCUGGAAGGUUUCAACAUCCGGGAGAGCACCAGCUACAUCGAAGAGCACAUAGAUCGGCAGGUAUCACCCAUAGAAAGCCUUCGCCUUAUGUGCCUCCUGUCCAUCACGGAGAAUGGUUUGAUCCCCAAGGAUUACCGAUCCCUGAAAACACAGUACCUGCAGAGCUACGGUCCUGAGCACCUGCUGACCUUCUCCAAUCUGCGGCGAGCCGGGCUCCUUACGGAGCAGGCCCCUGGGGACACGCUCACAGCAGUGGAGAGUAAAGUGAGCAAGCUGGUGACCGACAAGGCUGUAGGAAAGAUUACUGAUGCCUUCAGUUCUCUGGCCAAGAGGAGCAAUUUUCGUGCCAUCAGCAAAAAGCUGAAUCUGAUCCCCCGUGUGGAUGGCGAGUAUGACCUGAAAGUGCCCCGCGACAUGGCGUAUGUCUUCAGCGGCGCUUAUGUUCCUCUGAGCUGCCGAAUCAUCGAGCAGGUGCUGGAGCGGCGGAGCUGGCAGGGCCUGGAGGAGGUGGUGCGGCUGCUCAACUGCAGCGAGUGCUCGUUCACAGACAUGACCAAGGAAGACAGGGCUUCCAGCGAGUCCCUGCGCCUCAUCUUGGUGGUGUUCCUGGGGGGGUGCACGUUCUCGGAGAUCUCAGCCCUGCGGUUCUUGGGCAGAGAGAAAGGGUACAGGUUCAUUUUUCUGACGACAGCUGUCACGAACAGUGCUCGCCUGAUGGAGGCCAUGAGUGAGGUGAAAGCCUGAGUGUUCCCAGCCAGCGAUCAAGGCUUCCCAAGUGUCCCCCCGGGCAGGCAUGUGGCACCCAGCUGCUGAUACGGCUCCCCUGCUCCGAGCUGGGGAGCCUGGAACUUAGCUGGGACUCUGAGAACAUAUCUAAAGAGAGUGUUCGUGUCCUGUCUCUGGACUGGUCCUCGAGUUUGUUCGCAAAGUACUGUAUGGUCCAUGCUGCUGAGAUAUGUGGGAAAGAGGUAUCCUUUGCUAAAUCCCAUUUGAAUAUCACUGUAAAUAAAGACUCUGUAAAUAAA